UCAGGCAGUCCAAUAGGAAACACUUUUUAAGGGGCCGUGGCAUCAGCAGCCACUGGUGAGAUGGGGGCGUGGCUUCGUGUCAUUUAGUCUGAGAGGAGCUCAGGGAUUGUAAGAGAAUCAUGAUGCGGAUCAGAGAAAUAGUGAGGGCUUCAGCCCACCUCAGACUGGCGCAUUUCUCUUCCUCUGCAGCAGUGCCUCGGACCAAACUUUUAAUAAAUGGACAGUUUGUGGACUCUGAGACCUCAGAAUGGAUUGAUGUUCAUAACCCGGCAACCAAUGAGGUUAUUGGUAGAGUCCCCCAGGCAACACAGAGUGAGAUGGAGGCAGCAGUAAAUGCUUGUCAGCGUGCUUUUCCGGCCUGGUCUGAGACUUCCGUUUUAAGCCGACAGCAAAUCUUUUUACGCUACCAGCAACUCAUCAAAGACAAUUUGAAAGAGGUGGCACGUCUGAUUACACUGGAGCAAGGAAAGACAUUGGCAGAUGCAGAGGGGGAUGUAUUCCGUGGACUACAGGUGGUGGAACAUGCAUGUAGUGUGACCUCUCUGAUGCUUGGGGAAACCCUUUCAUCACUCACAAAGGAUAUGGACACCUUUACAUUUCGGUUACCUCUGGGUGUAUGUGCUGGCAUUGCACCUUUUAACUUCCCUGCCAUGAUCCCUUUAUGGAUGUUUCCUAUGGCCAUGGUUUGUGGAAACACCUACUUGAUGAAGCCAUCAGAACGUGUUCCCGGAGCCACUAUGCUGCUUGCACAACUACUGCAGGAUGCUGGCAUUCCUGAUGGGACACUAAACAUUAUCCACGGGCAACAUGCAGCUGUGAAUUUUGUCUGUGACCAUCCAGCCAUCCGAGCUAUCAGUUUUGUGGGCUCCAACCAAGCAGGAGAAUACAUCUAUGAGAGGGGAUCCCGAAAUGGCAAGAGGGUUCAAUCUAAUAUGGGGGCAAAAAACCAUGGUGUUGUCAUGCCAGAUGCGAAUAAGGAGAACACCCUGAAUCAGCUUGUAGGAGCAGCAUUUGGAGCAGCUGGACAGCGCUGUAUGGCUCUUUCCACAGCUGUCCUGGUUGGAGAAGCAAAAAAAUGGCUCCCAGAGCUGGUUGAAAAAGCAAGGAAGUUACGGGUAAAUGCUGGUGAUCAACCUGGAGCUGAUGUGGGACCUCUCAUCAGUCCAGCUGCAAAAGAGCGUGUAACCAGCCUAGUAGAGAGUGGUGUCAGGGAAGGCGCAACUCUGUUGCUAGAUGGCCGUGAUGUUAAAGUAAAGGGGUAUGAGAAUGGCAACUUCGUGGGACCAACAAUUUUGGCAAAUGUUCAGCCGCACAUGACCUGCUACAAGGAAGAGAUUUUUGGGCCAGUCCUGGUCAUAUUAGAGGCAGACACUCUGGAUGACGCCAUUAAAAUUGUGAACAGCAAUCCAUAUGGCAAUGGAACAGCCAUCUUCACAACAAAUGGUGCCACUGCUCGAAAAUACACUCACAUGGCAGAUGUGGGGCAGAUAGGAGUGAAUGUGCCAAUCCCAGUACCACUCCCUAUGUUCUCAUUCACCGGAUCUCGUGCUUCUUUCCGAGGAGACACUAACUUUUAUGGAAAACAGGGUAUUCACUUCUUUACCCAGCUGAAGACUGUAACCUCUCAGUGGAAGGAAGAAGAUUCCACAUUAACCAGCCCUGCAGUGGUGAUGCCAACCAUGGGGCGUUGAUUCGACUUGCCAACCCAUAUCUUUCUAUAUCUUUCUAUUUGAACACUACCUAUCUAGCACCAACAUGCAUCCCAUGUCUAACCGACCACAUCUAGUGUUUGUAUUUUCUUGGCUAUAAAGUAGUUUUUGGGGUUUUUUUUUAAAUCUUAGUUGCUUCCCUCUCUACAGCUUACAGAGAACCUUGUUCUGCUUUUUCCCUGUUGCAACUGUCAGCUAGGAACAGUCUACUUCUAGGUGUAAUUUAUUGUUCCUAGAAGAUAUCCUCAAAUUGUGCCACAUUGUGCACCACUGUUUUCCUAAAACUUAAAUCUUCUAGGCACAGCAUAUCUGUCUGAAAAGAUUUUAUAGGAAUCUUUAGGCAGAUUUAAAUGAACCACAAUGCAAUAGAAUCCGUGAAGGCAAAUUACACUUUGAAAGAAGGAACAUUUUAUAUAAACUACUUGUUUGAUGAAAUGGUGGGAUUACCAGAGCUAAUUAUAUUCUUCAUUCAAUAAAGAUUUUUGCUUAUAGAA